UUGAUGAUGAUGAUUUUUUCAGACUUGGAUUUUUAGAAAACAGGAGAUGCAUACAGAAUAUGUAUUUGAUUUGCCUGAAAAAUCUCGGUUCUCAACGAUGCUGAUUUGAAAGUUUUGCCAAUUUCUCAUCUAUAAGACCAACAUGUUGCAAAAUUUAUUCAAGCUUAAACGCGCCACUGACUUUUGUGUCUAUCUUGGUCAUCCAUUGCUGAGAGAAAAGUGUCAGCCGAUAGUUUGGGAGAAAGACGAAGAGCUUGUUUCAAUUCUCGUGUCGAAAAUGAAAGCCAUUCUGCAGCUACCUAAACGCUCACUGAUCUCGUGGAGAAGAUCGAGCAACAGCAGUGAUGUUCCAAUUGGGAUUUCUGCCAAUCAGUUGGGUCACGCUAAAAGGAUGUUUGCAGUGCACAUACCUCGUGAAUUAGUGCUGCGAGAUUCUGGAGGCGAGCCAUUGCCCUUCUCUGUGUUCGUCAACCCCAGAAUGAAAAUCGUGAACAGUGCCAAAUUUACGAGCAGAGAGUCCUGUGUUAGUGUUCCUUGUGUAGACGGUGACGUUUGGAGGUACUCAAACGUCAUCAUUGAAGCUGAAAAUGAAAAGAGGCAACCUGUUAGCAUCAAUUGCAGAGGUCUUUUGUCGGCAGUGAUGCAGCACGAAAUGGACCAUUUGAAAGGGGAAGUGUUCCUAGACCAUCUGCAAUCCACGAAAACUCUUCGUUACUCACCUCCUAUUAAAUAAAUAACCUGAUAAAACUAAAUGAUAGACUGUUUUAUUUCA